AUGGCAACAAGAUCAAAACCAGGGAAUACGAAUAUGAAAGGUUUCUACAGGCAAAGGAAAAGCAGUAGCAUCGGCGGUGGUAUCUCCAAGAAGAACAAAUCUCAAUCGACCGCUUACCCAGCUGCUGCCUCUUUCGGCUCGGAUGUCACCCAACCCACCGCACUUAUGUCACACGCUUCUCUAGACCUCAAAGAUGAUUAUGAUGAGCAAGAAGAGCUGUUGAGGCAAUUUGAUAUGAACAUGGCAUACGGACCAUGCGUUGGGAUGACCAGACUUGAAAGGUGGGAGCGUGCUUGCAUUCUGGGUUUGAACCCUCCUAAGGAAGUCGAGAGUCUUUUGACGGGUGGCAAAGUUUGCCGUGAGUGCUUAUGGGAUGGUCGCAUUUAG